AUGGACAUUACCAUGAACUAUCAGAACUACAACAAAUCAAUUGUCCUCAUCUAUGGAAUCAAGCUUGAUGGAUGGCCUGUAGGACUGCCCUUCCUCGCGCCCUCCCACAUGCACACCAUCAUUGAAGUUCACAUACUCCGCGACGCUCUGAAGACAGGCGCUUGUCAGUGGAAGAAGCUUACUUGA